UUGAAGCUUAGCGUAGAUUUUCCGUCUUUCUUCAUUCCACUUGCCAUUUUAUCCUUGACUCUGAGUCUACAAUAAAGAUACCCGUAACAUCAUUACAUCAUUACAUCAUAGCAACAUACAUACUGCUCAAUCAGCCACAUCAUACACAUCAUACAUAUCCACUUGCUUGUCUGACACUCACAUCACUCAACAGAAGCGUAGAACCACCUGACUUUUAUCACUGACAUUGCCAUAUAAUCAUUUCAAAUCACAUCCGAUCAUCUUUGCCAUUUCUCUUGCCAUAACAUACCCACGCAAUUCACAACAAAUUCAAUACCUCACGUAACUUAGAAUGGAGACGAUGAGUUCCUCUCCGUCAAUAUGUGCCUCGCCUAACUUCACGUUUCCCUCCACGCCGUCUAAGCAGCCGGAAUCCACAGACUACUUCAACAAAUCAAAGCCGUCGGCCUCGCCUAAAUAUACCAGCACAUCCACAGCACGACAGCCAGAUUACUUUCGGUUCGCCGGAACCAUGUCGUCGCCCACAUCCACACCCGUAGCAUCCAAACCUUCAUCAAACGCAACGGUCAACGACUCCAUCGGCUCAAUAACCUCCAACACUUCUGACCUCACAAUCUACGAAACCUCAUCGAGAAGGACCAACGAUUCGCGUGAGACUCUUGUAGAUGAGGAAAAUGCAGAAACACGCAAAAUUCCCAAGUAUAAACACAACCACACAGCCUCAGCUUCGGGAGGCGAGUGCCACCACACACUUUUGAGCUUUAACGAAGUAGACGAGUAUGCCGUUCCCAAAAUGGCUUCGGCUAUCGAGUCUUCAUUUCCUUCUGCUUAUCGUUCAGGAAGAGCCGCCACUCUGGCUCCUCUCACUGUAGCUGUACCUCCUUCAAUGUCUGCACGUUUUGCCAAUCCUCCAUCUCCACUGACUCUCAAGAAACAGAUCACGUUACCUUCUCUUUCCCUAAAUGGCAGCAGUCUUUCCCUUGAUUCUGUUAAGUCGGAGCAAAUGAAAAGACUUAGCUAUUUGCCUUCACAGAACUACAAACAGCAGAUAGAGAAGUUGAAUCCAGAUCGUAUUAAGUACUUUUCUCUAAACGAUAUAACGAUUCCUACCAACGAUGAGCAUGUCUUGGUUAUCGAUAUCAGACCGUUUACUGACUUUGCCAAGCUGCACAUUACUAAUGCGUUGAACAUCUGUCUUCCUUCGACAUUGUUGAAACGUCCUAACUUCACACUUAUCAGAUGUAUCAAUUCUUUGCCUAAUGCCGAAAAGGUAAGGUUCAACCAGUUUCUUCUGGAGCUGUUCAACGGUAUAAUAGUUCUUUAUGAUUCGAUGCCCAACUCGUCCAACUUGUUCCACAUGGUUAACAAAUUUAUCAACUGUAACGUCUUCAUGGAGUCUAAGCACCAGAUCCAUCUUGUAGACUCUUCCAUCCAUCAGUUUGCUGAGCAGUAUCCCAGUUUGUUUGACACUGAUGUGACGUCAGCAUCAUCAGCAAAUGUAGAUUCUUUGAAUAAUUACUUGCCGCCCAUCAUUGUCACGGAGAAGUACCGGUCUCAUUCGGUAUCAGACCUUCUGCCCUGCCAGAGAUCUACACCUACUUCUUCUUCUAUAGAUAAGACGAGUACGCCAAUCCUCAGCAACUUCUCUUUGCCAAAGCCGAAGGCUAAUAUCUUCAAGUUGAGACACAACGAAGAUUUGGCUAACUCAGCCGUUUCUUCAGCGACUUCCUCUGCAUCUGAGGCUUUGAGCAAAAACGCUAUUAGUUUGUUCAAGUUGAAGAACUUGCCUGACGACAGAACGACAUUGCCCAAAUGGAUUCGGUCUACGGUUGUGGAUGGAACUAAGAUCAACGACGACUUCUACUCUUUGGAGAAGUUUGAGCAGAAGAGAUUGAUUUCAGCAUUAACUUUGCAAAGACCAAACUCGUCCAACAACGUUGUUUUAUCACCUUUGGCAGAAGGAGAAGUUGCACCAACAAUCAGUUGCGGAAUUGAGUAUGGCCACAAGAACAGAUAUAAGGAUAUUUUCUUGUACGAGCAUUCGCGUGUGAAAUUGAAUGACAGUGAGCUUGAGGAAGAGGAACGUGAUACUGAAGAUUACAUCAACGCCUCGUAUUUGAAUCCUAUUCAGACUGUAGAAGGAUUGACGGGUCUAACUCCUAAGUUUCUUAAGCAUCUCAAGUAUAUUGCAACUCAGGGACCUAUGGAGGAGACAAUGGGAGAUUUCUGGAAGGUCAUUAUCAAUUUGCAGAUUCCAAUUAUCAUUUCAUUGACAGAUGAGAUAGAAAACGGCGUAAUGAAGUGCUCGCCAUUCUGGAAGAGCGGAGUAUACAAAUCUAACAAAAGUUCUAUAACUUUAAGAUUGCAGAACAGUAAAACUGUCAACGAUUACUUGAUUAUGCGUUCGUUUGACAUGACUAUGACAGAUGCAGUACACCACAAAGUGUUACAACUUCAGUUGUUGUCGUGGCCGGAUAUGGGCACAGUUCUGACUCCUGUAGAUAUUAUCCAAUUGAUCCAGUUGAAGAGUUAUCUUUUGGACCAUUUGAAGUUGGGUGAGAAUUGCGAGUACCCAACUGCUAUUCAUUGUUCAGCAGGAUGCGGCAGAACAGGAACUUUGUGUACCAUUGACACUAUCAUCAACAUCUUGAAAAACAACCACAGCACAGAGUUGCUAUACGAUCCAGUUUAUAACAUAGUCAACAACUUCAGGAAGCAGCGUAUCUCAAUGGUGCAGAACUUAAGACAGUACUUCUUGAUCUACGAAGUGUUGCUCCACUACUUAAACAACGGGAAAUUUAACGACAGUCCAAGUACGAUGAAGUCUUGGAACGAGCUUAUUGAUUUGGAUAUUAUCCAGGAGUUUAUUUCAGGGUAUUAGAGGAAAAGGUUUGACAAAACAAAAUACAUGAACAUGUAUAAUGCGUUUUGAUUUUUUUGAUUUUGCCAGUCUGGCGUUGUAGCCGACCUUUUAUAAUUUCAGUUCACUUUUAUACAAUUUAAUAAAAUGGGUUUUCGGUUCACA